AUGUGUAGACACCUCGGAUUGGUUGUAGUAAGCCAGCAGCUUUCGAUUAAACUAUGGUUGUGUGGCAGCGAAGCAUCGGUGUUGAACACUGAUGUUAUGCUGUCGAUGAUGAUGAUAAUGCUCAGGCAACCUGGUAGUAUCCCAGUCCUCGUGCUUCCUUCCGGUAGCAUGGCAACUAGGCACCGAAGGCUUGGUCUCCGUUCGCAGCCUCCAAUUUAUCCACACCUGCCAAACUUCACACUAACCUUGACAACAAUGGAUUUCAGCCCACUAUCGAUCGUUCAGCUUUCAGAGCCCAGCUUCCCAGUUAAGCACUGUAGUUCAUACUGUGCACAUGCGAACAAUACAGUCGUCCGCAAAAAUGGGAAUGCAGACCUUGGUCGAGUGGAGUAA